AUGAUCGAUUCCAAAACAGUGAAGAAGGUAGAAGAGGCUGAUCCCCGUGGUGUGCGCUUUAUGAAGUCUCUUAAGGGUAAUGACACCAGCCAGUUCUCCGCAAUAGAAAAGACACAGGUGCGGUUAUUUCUCAAGAAAAACUCUGGCGAUGGUCUCAGUUUCAUGCAGUGGUUGCAUGGUGGAACCAUCCUUGCAUUGAUUCUCGGGACAAUUGGUAUCAUCGUUGCGAUCUAG